AUGGGUGACUUGAAACUCCGAGAUUACGACACCAUCACUUCCUUUCUGGGACAAUGGGGAGCGUUUCAGCGUAGGAUUUUCUUUGCCCUGGCCAUCAGCAUCUACCCCAAUGGCUUCAUCGGCAUCUACAUCGUAUUUGUCGCAGACACGCCGCUUCACCACUGCCACAUCCCAGAGAACGCCAACAUCAGCCAGGUGUGGAGAAACCUGUCGGUCAUGGAUGAAGGCGCGGAGAGACCUAGGUCUUGCUCCAGGCUCAACUUAGAGCUGGUCAAGAACUAUUCUCAGAAUGGGGUUGUCCCCAAUGUUGGAGUCAAUGUGACUGAUAUUCCUUUAGAGACCUGCCUGGACGGCUGGACGUACAGCAAAGACAUCUACCAGUCGACCAUUGCUUCUGAGUGGGAUCUUGUUUGUGAGGAGGCACACAAAAUUCCGCUGUCCACCUCCAUCCACUACCUGGGCGUACUGGUGGGGGCCUUCAUCUCAGGCCAGUUGUCAGACAGAUAUGGAAGGAAGCCAGCGCUAUUCACCAUGAUGGCCCUCCAGACGGUGGCAAUAACUGCACAGAUAUUCUCAAACAGCUGGGAGCUUUUCACAUUCACCUUCUUUCUGGCGGGUGCUGGCGGGUUCUCCAAUUACAUCAUUGCCUUUGUGCUGGGAACUGAAAUCCUGAGUCCCAAAGCUCGUGUGGUCUUCUGUUCGCUGGGGGUUUUCAUGAGUUCGGCUAUAGGAUACAUGAUCAUGCCGCCUGUGGCCUACUUCCUGCGCUCCUGGCGUUUGCUUCUCAUCCCCAUGGCCGCCAGCGGACUGAUAUACAUACCUCUAUGGUGGUUUAUACCCGAGUCGCCACGCUGGCUGGUUUCUCAGGGCAGAGUAGAAGAGGCUGAGGCCAUCCUGAAGGACGCUGCCAGGAUGAAUAAGAUUGCCACGCCGCCAGCCAUUUUCACAGAGGCGGAGAUUGACGAUGCAAAAAGGACGAAAGACAAGAAGUACAACAUUAGCUCCAUUCUGCGCAGCUGCAACCUAUUCACCAUCACGCUGUUGUGUUCAAUCCUGUGGUUCAUCAUCACCAUCAGCUACUACGCUCUGAUUCUCAACACGUCAAACCUGCACGGCGACCCCUACCUCAAUACCUUCUUCUCAGCGGUGACAGAAGUUCCGGCGUACCUGAUCGCCCUGCUGCUCCUACACUUCUGCUACCGCCGCCUGUGCCAGUCGUCCACCCUGCUGAUGGGCGGCGUCAUGAUCCUGCUCGUCCAUCUCCUUCCCAUAGAUCAGCCGUGGGUUGCCGUACUGCUAGAGAUGCUGGGCAAAUUCGGCAUGACGGCGGCCUUCUGCGUGGUGUACGCAGUCACUUCAGAGCUCUUCCCGACUGUCAUCAGGAACACGGCCAUGGGCUGCUGUUCCAUGGCAGCACGCAUUGGGACCAUCAUCUCACCCUUCAUCAUCUACCUCGGACAAUAUUAUAAGGCGCUGCCAUACAUUCUAAUGGGAGCUUUGGCCAUUUCCGGAGCCUUUCUCUGUCUCCUACUGCCAGAGACCUUUGGGAAACCUUUGCCGGAGACCCUAACACAAAUGCAGACCAUAUCCAGGCGAAAAGGAAAGACGGAAGAAAACAUGGAAGCUGAAGAAGAACACAUAAAGGAUUAUAAGAGUAAAGAAUCCAAGUUGUAG